CUCGGUCAGACUCCAGCAUUACCAGCGGAACUUUCAGCGUUAAUCUGGCAUGGCAGGACAGUCAGUCAGUAUUUCUCAUGGAAUCUCAUGCCCCGUACGGCAUAACCAACAUUUUGUAAGCGACGACCUAGACAAAUGUACAGAAGUCCAUCACUUGUUCGCGUUACCCGGACUUUCCCUGCCUGUACCAAGAGUGGGCACUGAUAUCAGUGAUACUGAGGAUUUAGGAGAACCCCAGUUUCGAAUCAUACUAGACGUGACCCAGUUCAGACCGGAAGAUAUACUUAUCCAGGUGUUCGAGGGCUGGCUGUUGGUGCGAGGGCAGCACGGGGUACGGAUGGAUGAGCACGGAUUUGUGUCGCGAAGCUUUACCAGGCAGUACCGGCUGCCGGAUGAUCAACUACGGGUGGAGGAUCUGACCGCCAUGCUGUGUCACGAUGGAAUUCUGGUGGUGGAGACCAAAGAAAAAUGGUGGACAGUGUCUGAUUAGUGGAGUUGUUGUGCUUCUCGUUACAUAGGCGGAGAAAGAAUGGACUGAUGGACGCUUUUUGUUCUGAGUGGUACAAAGUAUAUAAUAAAAGGUUUGUUGGUUGAGA